GCCGCGGGCGCGCGGGGCGGGGCGGGGCGGGCGGGGAAGAUGGCGUACCAGAGCCUGAGGCUGGAGUACCUGCAGAUCCCGCCCGUGAGCCGCGCGUACACCACGGCCUGCGUGCUCACCACGGCCGCCGUGCAACUAGAGUUGAUCACGCCCUUCCAGCUCUACUUCAACCCCGAGCUCAUCUUCCGGCACUUCCAGAUAUGGAGACUAAUCACCAACUUCUUGUUCUUUGGACCCGUUGGAUUCAACUUUCUAUUUAAUAUGAUUUUCCUAUACCGUUACUGCCGAAUGCUCGAAGAAGGCUCUUUCCGAGGCCGGACAGCAGACUUUGUAUUUAUGUUCCUUUUUGGGGGAUUCUUAAUGACUCUUUUCGGUUUGUUCGUGAGUUUAGUUUUCUUGGGCCAGGCCUUUACUAUCAUGCUCGUCUAUGUGUGGAGCCGAAGGAAUCCAUAUGUUCGCAUGAACUUCUUUGGUCUUCUCAACUUCCAGGCCCCCUUUCUGCCCUGGGUCCUUAUGGGUUUUUCCUUGUUACUGGGCAACUCCAUCAUCGUGGACCUCCUGGGAAUUGCAGUGGGACACAUAUAUUUUUUUUUGGAAGAUGUAUUUCCCAAUCAGCCAGGGGGAGCAAGAAUUCUGAAAACACCUGCUCUUUUGAAGGCAAUUUUUGAUACGCCGGACGAGGAUCCGAACUACAACCCCUUACCCGAGGAGCGGCCGGGAGGCUUCGCCUGGGGCGAAGGGCAGCGUCUCGGAGGCUAGGAAGGCGGCACCGAGUGCGAGAUCCCCUGGGCAGGAAGGACUCCACGGAGAUUUCCUGGGGAUGCUUUCACUCUGUGUUUCGGACGUGUGGACACUCUCGGCGGCCUCCAGUUUUAAGUCCAGAAGCACUUUAUGCGGCGACCUGUCUGUGGCCCGCCCAGGAGACCUCUCCAGUGGCUGCCCGUGUCUCUCCACUCUGUUUACACUGGUCCUGAAAGCAUCACCCGCGGAGCCAGAGCCUCAGAGGAGCCGCACGCGGCCGGCUCCGGACCCCGUAGCCGCUGACACGCAGGAGGAGGCCGAACUCUCUCCCUCGUGCUCCUUGGUGGGAGAGCUGCCGUGCGUGGAUGGUUCCGAGAGGACCCCAAUAAAACUGAAUUCAUUCUCUCUCCCUGGACUCCAGCCUCUCUGUGUGGUCUUUUAAGGUGGAGUGCGCGUUGCGGUGCUCCCCUGAGCCGGCUGUGGUGGACCGUCUGGAGCGCAGUCCCGCUGCCCUGUGGAGAGCUCGGCUCGGGGGGGAGGAGGGGCCGGGCCCCCCUCAAGGGCCUUCGCGGCGGUGCUGACUAGCCUCUCUCCUCCCUGGUCCUGCCUGACUACUCCUCCUCUGUCUUCGCUCCUCCGUGGUCCACGUCCCCUGUGGGAGUGCGCUUCUAAGGACCCCUUCUCUUCUCCCUCAGGUCUUCCUGGCUUCCCCCAGGGCUUUGGGGGUGAACAGCAAGUCCAAGAUGGCGUCCGAGCACAGAGGCGCCAGCCAGGGACGGGACGCACCGGACUGGCAAUAGGGAGCCACUGCAACUGAGCUUGUUGAGCUCCAGCCCAGCUCUUGGGGCAAAAAGAGUAUCAGAGCUGACCUCAGGAAAUCAGACCCCAGAAGGGGAAGGAUCAGACCCAGCAGCAGCGGCUUUGCAGGGUCUCCCCCCCGCCAUCCCUCCCCGGCUGGAUGGAAGGGCUGGCCAUUGGCUGGACAGAGUCCCCUCCCCUGGCCCUUGCAGGGAAUUUGAGCUGAGGAGCCUCCUUAGUGUGACCCCUGCUCCUCUGCCACAGGAUGGUCAUGAUAGGCUGGAUUUCUGGCUUCUCCCCGCUGUCAGUCAUCUCAGACAAACGGCUCACCCAGGAGGACGCGUCACACUGGGUGCAUGUGCAGUCAUGGUGAGGAGGAAGCCAAGGGGCCCCUGCCUCUGGGGACUGAACGAGAAGGGUGCACCUGCCAAGGGACCCACUCAGCAGAUGGGCGGCACUCGGGAAGGGGAGCGGGGCAGCAGGAAGUUGCCAGCAGGAGGGUCUUGUGGUCCUCGGCUUCCCUCCUGCCUGACUUUUGUGCUGCUCUUCCCACUGACGCUGCAGUGCUCCCUCUGUCAUUUUAGUAAAUGCCUUUGUUUUGA